CGUGUGCUGCGCGAAAUUUACCGAUAGCACGCUUGUCUGCCGAGGGGCGACCCUCGCAUGAUGAUCCUCUGGGGACGGGUCUCCUGCGCGCUACUGCUCCUACGGCAACUCGGUUAGAGAUCGGGGCCGAAAUUGGGUCUGAUGUGUGUCAAAGGAUUCACGAGUUGAUAUUAUAAAUCUUGACAAUUUAGAAAACUCUUAUGUAUACAAAUAUCUAAAAUGGAAAGGAUGUUCUCUGCGUUAUUACAUUAUAAAAGAAUCCUAUGGGGAAUAAUGAGCACCUCAAUGCGAAAUAAUUUCCAUUACGUGCUCAGCUAUGUUUUUCUGGAAUACCUGCACCGUAGACUCCAAAGAAUGUUCUGGCAAAAUCUCAAGUGGACCGUAUUGCCCGAUACGGUUUUAAAACGUAUGCUGGACGACCUAGAAGCUACACCGAACGAAUACGUCGAUUGUAACUCUUAUGCAGUGGCGAACGUACAGCUCACGAGGAAAUCGCGGAGUCCCGCCUGGUUCAAUGUAUGCUCGAUGGUAUCAAUGACGAAAUAUAAAUUAAUGAUUAUAUCCGUACCGGAUGUCAAUGAGAACACUGUUCUCGUUUCUGAAAUGACGGAGCACAAUCUACGAAACGUUCUUUGCUGCGAACAAUUGGACGACUCAUGUUUCCUACUACCGUUGGAGGAUGACGCGAUUGAGUUUGCGACUGAGUUGAGGAUAUCUUUAAUUGGCAAUCCGCAUGACUGUGCGAAAGAAAUGAUUGACACCAUGGUAAAAAAUUACUUCUUGCAUCCUCGAUUUUUGCACGUGAACGACGUAUUUAGGAUCGACCCGAGGGAACACGCUCAGGAUUUGUUUUAUACGUCCGAGUCUCCGACAAUCUCCGCGAGAUAUUUUACAGUUAGAGGCCUGAAAGUGAAUCGCAACGGACACAGCAGUAACGUUAACAGUAGCUACGUUGUACUGGGAGAGUCAAUGCUCAUUCAGGAAACGCAAGUUUUAUACGAUUAUAUUCCUCGGGAACGUGUUCACUCACUUCCCGACAGCGCAUUUUUCGCGCAAGGGAGUGAAAUGGUGCAAAGAUCGUUAAAUCAUAAAUAUCCGUCUGCUCUAAUGGAACCCUUGGAACAUUUAGAAUCCUGCAUCAUGCCAUUUUUAAAGAAGGAUCCUGCAGACGUCCUAUUGAACAUAAGACCGGUAUUUCUUGUAAAAGGACCACGAGGUUGCGGUAAACGCGAAUUAGUUCGAGCAACAGCCAAGAGACUGGGAUUGAACUUCCUCGAUAAUGAUUUCGUAGAGGUGCAGACUUUAACGUCGGCACAGACCGAAAUUAAAAUUCGCGAGAUGCUUGGAUAUGUGAAGAAUUGCGUGCCAUGUAUACUACACUUGAAUAAUAUUCAAGUAUUCGGUAAGACUGCUGAAGGUGAAAAGGACGGAAGAGUUAUAUUCUCUUUUUCAUCAGAUAUCACUGCAUUAUAUAAAAUACCCCCGGAAUUCCCGUUGAUUAUCGUGGCUUCGUCGGACGAGACUGACAUACCAGCGGAAUUGCAACGAAUAUUUAUUGAGACGAUUCACAUGAAGAACUUAAAUCAGAACAAACGAGUGGAACUGAUUUCUUGGAUGUUAUCCAACAGGAAUUUAAUGACUAACGCGGACCUAUCAAAAGUAGCUGGUCUUUGUUCAGAUUUUAAAUUCGCGGAUCUCCUAGCGUUGACACUGCAAGCAGCUAAAUUUCGGUUCCAAUUAAUAUCGCACGAUCAGAAAUGCACAUUUACCCUGGAACAAGAAGAUUUCGCUCGAGCUUACGAAUAUAUGCAAUCCGUGUAUUCCGAUAGUAAAGGUGCUCCACGAGUGCCGGAAGUCCACUGGGAGGACAUAGGCGGUUUGGCAGAAUUGAAACACGAGAUUAUUCGCAGGAUUCAGUUGCCUUUGUUGAACGCCUUCGGAUUUGGACAAUCCGGAUUACUAUUAUAUGGUCCGCCCGGCACCGGGAAAACUCUUCUCGCUAAAGCAGUGGCAACCGAGUAUCAGAUGCAUUUUUUGUCGGUUAAAGGUCCGGAAGUACUAAAUAUGUACGUCGGUCAGAGCGAAAAGAACGUAAGAGAAAUUUUCGAGCGCGCGCGUUCUUCGGCCCCUUGCAUCAUCUUUUUCGAUGAGCUGGAUUCAUUGGCGCCCAACCGAGGUAGGAGUGGAGAUAGCGGCGGCGUGAUGGACCGGGUGGUCUCUCAGUUACUCGCUGAAAUGGACGGUCUCGAGGAGUCCGGUAGCAUAUUCAUCAUAGGAGCCACAAACAGGCCCGAUCUCAUAGAUCCCGCACUACUCCGACCGGGUAGAUUCGACAAAAUGCUCUACGUCGGCAUCCACUCCGACCGCGCGUCCAAGCUCAGCGUUCUGGAGGCGCAAACACGUAAAUUCGAAUUCCGAGAAAGCGGACGAGAAUUGGAACAAGUCGUGGAUCAACUGCCCGACAACGUCACUGGCGCGGACCUAUAUUCGGUCUCCUCAAACGCGUGGCUCAAUGCCGUACGCGAGAUGCUUGCGAAGCAUCAGGAAAGGAUCAAGAACGAUUAUUCCGAAGAAGAAGGUGUAAUUAAGAACAAUGUUAUCGUGGAAUUGCGCCAUUUUUCAGAUGCAAUUCACAAUUUGGUACCCUCAGUUACUGAUGAAGAGAUAAAAAGAUAUAACAAAAUGUCGGUGGAGUUAUCGUCGCAAUUUUAGAAUUGUUUUUCAAGUAUGAUACAAUAUAAAUGUAUAUUGUUUGUUACUCUCAGGAUAUUUUAAAAUAAGUUUCAUUAUCCGUGAUAAUAGAUUUUAUAAUAGAUUUUAUCUCAUGCCAAAGUUUUUAAUUCUUAUAAUACAUAUUGUAUGUAUAUUGGAAUGUAUUAAGGUAAUGGUUUGCCUAUAAAAAGGAAUGAUCUCGGAAUGAAACAACGCACGAUAUUAUAAACGACAUGUUAUUUUAUUUCGAGAAGUAUGUAAAACAAUUUUUACAGCGAAUAAUUAAAAUGAAGGAAUCAAUC